CUAAACACCAUAGAUAAAGUGGAGUACAUGUUUUUUCUUUUCCUCUUUUCUUUCCUAAAACUGCCCUCCUCUUUCUUCUAAAUCGCAUUGUAUAUAACAGAGCUCACAGAGUCCUCCACAGCAAUCACAACACAAAAAUAUUUUUUAUUCUCACACUACUAAGAAUAUAUUGAAUAUACCAUGGGUGGAUGUUUACUGAGCUUUAUAGGUACGGAAAGGACGAAGAAGAAGCAAUGCUGCUUUCUGCGGAGAAUGAGAGCCGCCGUGAAGAAGGCAGUCAAGAACUGGUGCGGAGGAGGCGGCCGGCGGCGGCACGUGAAAUUCCAAUACGACCCUUGGAGUUAUGCACUCAACUUUGAUGAUGGGUUUGGGGAUGAGGAGAGGGCAAAGGCGGUAUUUCAUCACCAUGCCUUCUGUUCUUCUUCUAAAACUGUUGCUGCCACUACUGCAACAUUGGUCUUUGUUCUUUGGUUAGAGGCAUAGCCAGAAAGCUACAAAAAAAGAAUUGCAGAUUGUUCUUGACUUAUUGUUUAGUUAAUUAAAUGCUUGUUUAUUAAUCCGUAUGUCUUAUUAAUUAAUUAAUUACGGUAGUUCAGAACAAGUAAUCCGCUAAUACCUAACCUAGCUUAGAUCACCAUUUUAUGGUAGUGUUGUAUUACCAUUCUCUUUUACAUUAAGUUUCUUUUUUACUUUCUGAGUUCUGUUUCUUUUCCUGUUUUGAAUUUCAUAAUAAAGC